AUGAUUCAAGGAUAUUUCCUUAGGUUUUUUGUAUUAAUUUGUGUAUAUUCGAAUGUCCAUGGUGGCGGCGACAGUUUUUCGAUGAGUAUUAGAAGUCUAAGUAGUACACCAAGCCCAUCAGGAACGCUUAUAAUUUUCACGGCUGGAUUUUAUUUGAUGGAAGGAGAUGAUUACCCAAUAUGUCCAAGUUGUGAUGAUAAAAGCGCUCUGUGUACUUCAUGUUUAGGUGAUGUUCCGACAAAUAAAUGUAAAUAUGAAAUUGUUAACAAUCUUGCCGGUGAUAUUCUGGGAUGCUGUGUAACAGAGUGUGGAGUGAACUCUGGAAGGAACGAAAUUCAAUGGAAUUCUGAUGUAGCUAAUAAAAUCAUCUGUUCAUUUCAACUCUUUUUAAGUAAUCACAAGACAUUAAAUUUGAUGUUUUAAAUGUUUUUAUUAUUUUUUACUGAACAAGAUUCAAAAACCUACACAUAAUCACAUUAAUUUGUAAGAAUUUUAUAAUAUCUAAAUAAAAAAAUCUGACACAGAAUUUUGUUUAAUGAUUUUUCAUUCAAUUUUCAUUCAUUUGACUGGCGAUCAUGCGGGGAAAUUCAGCAUAAACGAAAAUAAUUUUGUAGAAUUAUUUAACAAGACACAAAACCUUCAUUUUCAAUCUUGGCUAUUGUCUUCCACCCACAACUUUUUAUUUUAUGAAUAAAAAGUUAGAGGAACGUUUUUACUGUGAAUUAAAUGGAAAAUCUC